CAACAGGCCCUGGAGGUGGCUUCGUCAUUGCCUGCUUCUCCAGCUGGAAUGGCUCUUGCUACUACUCCCCGGAGCUUACCUUAGUCCAACCUCUCGCAGCAACCCCCGAUCGCCUCUCCCCACGCAGCCCGACAACAGACCCAAGGUCUUUGCUGUACCUCUCUUCUUCAACCUGACACUGCAAUUACCCACCGCUUGAUUGUCGCAUGCCAACAGACAAGGCUACAUCACCCCUCCCCCGCAACUUCCGGCUCAGCUGCGCAUUCUUGUGUCGCGCAUCCUGACUGAGACCGCAAACCCUUUUGCACGAUAUUCAAGCGGUCUACAUCUUUGUUUGACGCCCCAUUCAAACCAAGACCUACGCAAUGUGGAACGAUGAGGACAACAACCCUUAUGCCGAGGGCUUCGACCGGAGAGACAGCUUGACUUCCUCUUCAGCCAACCCGGCUUCUCCUACCACUCGUGAGUACCAGCGAUUCGACAUCCCGCAGACCCCGUCGACCACGAGCGACGAGGCCCCCCAGAACCGCCCCCACGACGAUAGCGAGGUUGAGAGCAGUGACAAUGAGCCGAUCGCUAGAGACAGAGGCGAUAUUGUCCCGCUCCCGAAGCCCGGUGGCUACGAGAGUCGAGUCGAGCAGAUCCUCUGGGAGAACCCGUCGGUCACUAUCCUCAUUACGGAUGCGGGAAAGAGCGCGGAGAGCGGAGGAAAAUAUAUCGUCUACACCAUCCGGACAGGCAACCUCGAAGUCCGCCGGCGCUAUUCCGAGUUCGCUUCUCUUCGCGAAGCGUUGACCCGACUUCAUCCUACGCUGAUCAUCCCGCCUAUUCCCGAGAAGCACACCAUGGCCGACUACGCUGCUAGCCCGACGAACGCGAAGCAAGACCAGCAGAUUAUUGACCUGCGCAAGCGCAUGCUCGCUGUCUUCCUCAACCGAUGCCGACGAAUGGACGAGGUCCGAAGCGACGGUGUCUGGUGGAGAUUUCUUGACCCUAAUGCCAGCUGGAGCGAGGUAUUGCAUUCCCAUCCGGUGGCCUCGAUACCCAAAUCCGUCCUGAAGGCACCCCCCUUGGACCCCGCAAACCCUACGCCUGCUCACAAUUUCCUUCCCGUACCAGCGACCUCAGCUAAACUAAAGACGACGGGCGGCCCUGGUGUCGACCCUGGAGCAAUCUCUGGUACAGGUCCCCACGUCUUCGGCCGUUUCCCCCCGGACAGCCACACCCUGAGUGAGCAGGAGCUUGACCCGUACUUCAUUACGUAUGAGGCUUCGAUUAAGGAGCUGGAGCAGCUGCUGUCUGGUUCUAUGGAGAAGGUCAACCGCCGGACUUUGAGCCACCUAUCCGCCCUUGCUGCGGAUCUUUGUGAGCUGGGCUCCAAGUUCAAUGCGUUUGCGCUUUCCGAACAAGCACCUUCACUUGGACCAGCCCUGGAGAGGGUUGGCCAAGCGGCGGACUCCUCUUAUAUCGCAACGGAGGAGCUCUCCGGCUCACUUGGCGCCAGCUUUGCGGAACCAAUGCGCGAGAAUGCGCAGUUCGCAGGCGUGGUUCGCAGCGUGCUGAAGUACAGGGUGCUGAAGAGGGUGCAGCAGGAGCAGACGAGCGACGAACUCAGUAAGAAGAUUGCAUUGCUCGACCAGCUGGAGCGAAGCGAAGCGGAGGCCAAGCGCAUCGAGCAGUACCUGAGCAGCAGCCAGCAGAUUGCGCCAGCGCCGAAGCGAUCAACCAGUCUUAGGGAGGCCAACUCUUCACACCACCAGCGGGAGGGCAGCGCCGAGGACACGGCGUCUAUUGACUCGGACUUUCCGCCCACCCACGGCGAGCCGGUGCCCACCGCAAGUCAAGGGGUUCCCCAGCGAAGCAACUCAACGCCUGGCCAUAAGAAGGCCGCAAGCAGCAAUUCGAUUACGAACAAAAUCUUUGGUCCGAUCCGUCAUGCCAUUCAAGGUGUAGCUGACGUCGACCCCGAGAGAACCCGCCGUGACAUGAUUGGGAAAACACGCGAGAGCAUUGAGCAGCUGGAGCAGGCAAAGGUCGUGUCCGAGCACGACGUCAAGGAGGCCAGCGCCAGUAUCCUGAAGGACUUGAAGCGAUUCCAGUCAGAGAAGGAAGAGGACUUGCGUCGAUACAUGUUGGCCUACGCCAAAAGCCAGAUCGAAUGGGCAAAGAAGAACAAGGAGACCUGGGAGGAUGCCAAAACCGAAGUCAGCAAGAUUGAUGAGAGCUAGGGAGUUGGUGAGGGGAGGGCGACAGGCAGGAAAUGAGCCCACGCAAUAAGAUCAGAACAGCCCUGGCCCAAGACCAUGGACGGGACUGUUUGCAGUAAUACGACGAGGCGUUGAGUCUGCAGGGUUGGGUUGAUGGUUUGCUCGUCAAUUGACGUAGGUUAGCAAAGCUCGCUUGGCGUUUGCGAGGGGAUUUUCCAUUCGUAAAAGCCCUGGAAUCGGUAGUGGAAGUAAUUUAAUCAAACGA